UCACCCUCCCUCUCUCCCUCUCUCUCUCUCUCACGUGCCCUCUCUCCACCCCUUCCCUCCCUCUCUCUCUCUCUGGUCCAUUAGCUGGAAGAACAGAUCACUGACAGACGAGAAGAGAAGAGACGACUGAGGCAGACAGAGCAGAAGAAGAAGAAGAAGAAGAAGAAGAAAGAGAGACAGAAGAGAAAACAACUGAAUAAAAAGAGAUAAGAAGAGAGAAGAAGAAGCAUCAUGGACGCUCUGAAGAAGGGAUUCUCCAUGGCGAAGGAUGGAGUGGUGGCCGCCGCCGAGAAGACGAAGGCCGGCGUGGGUGAGGCCGCCACCAAGACCAAGGAGGGGGUCUUCUACGUCGGAAACAAGACGAUGGAGGGAGUGGUGACCGGCGUGAACACAGUCGCCCAGAAAUCGAACGAACAGGCCAACGUCGUUGCUGACACUGCGGUUGCCGGGGCCAAUGAGGUGGCCACGUCAGCGGUGGAGGGCGUGGAGAACGCGGCGGUGGCGGGUGGAUUCAUCAGCACGGAGGAGGCGGCACCAGAGGCUGAGGAGGUCGACCACCCAAAAACAGAAGCAGGAGGAGAACAGACCGAACUGGCGGCACAGUAGAAUCUCGUCCUCACUUCCUGUUUCUUCCUGUCCAAUGAGCAACGAGAGAAGAGGAACCUUUACAUUUUAGCUGUCGCUCAACCCUCUGACCUCUGACCCUCCCUGAGAGAUUCAUCCCCAUCUACCGCGUUUCACUUAACCUCAUUAACCAAUAGAAAGCCUCCUCUUCUUCCUCAUUGCCUUCCCUCCCGUUGCCGUGGUUACACUGCCUCACACUCAUCGUACACACACACACACACACACACACACACACACACAUAAACACAAUGAUGUCAACAUUCAGAAUUUAAUCAGGUCGUAUGCGUCCAUACUCUCAGCUGAUUGGUCGGUGUGUGAUGACAUCACCCACCUGGCCGGGUGUUCACUUAAUGAUGCCGCAAGUGUCCUACAAGCCCCGCCCCUCUCCCUGUCAAUCACCCUGCUGACCCCGCCCCCUGACUGACAGAUAUCUGAAGCCUUGUGAAUGCAUGUUGCUUUACUGACACACACCUAAAAUACUAGAAAACACACACACAUGAACUAAUAAUGACUCACACACACACACACACACACACAUGAACACACACCUGCAGUCUGUUUCUGAUAUUAACUGAGCUGAUUUCUUUUAAAAAAAAAACAGAAGUGAAAUAAAAAUUUGUUUGAAAUCCA